AAUAGUUUUUUUUGCAACACUUUUUGAAAAACAACAUUAGAGAUAUUCACCAUCAUUUCUUAAGCCAGUGAGGUGAAUAAAAAACGGCUGUUGACAAAUAAACUAGCGUAGGGAAAUGUUGAACUAAAAAUCAAAACAAACAAAAUAAAGUUAAAAAAAUAUAUAAGAGAAUGUGAAAAAAUAAUUUGCAAAUUGUUUUGCAUUCACAAAAAUGUACACCUCUUUGGAACGCUGUCCAGGCACAUAUUGUGGUCGAACUUUACUUGACAACAAUGGGACUUGGAGUGAAUGUGGUGCAUGCCCCCGUGGUUCACGCGUAAACGAAUAUUUUGCUUGUGCGGAAUGUCAAGAGGAAUUAAAUUUAUAUUCUUGGUUGUAUCUAGGAUUUAUGACCAUGCUACCAUUAAUGAUGCAUUGUUUUUUUAUUGAUUUAGAUGCAAAAGACAGAAAAUUUUCACGAAAACAACUUACGUUAACUACUUGUGCGUUUGCUGAAGUGAUAAUUUCAUCAAUACUCUCGAUAUUAAUGAUGGAGCCACUAUGGGAAUUUCGACUGCACGCGUGUCAUGUUCGGAAAAUUACUGACUGGUAUACAUUGUUUUAUAAUCCCAACCCAAAUUAUCAACAGCGUUUAUAUUGUACACAGGAAGCAGUAUAUCCAUUACAAACAAUAGUAUUGGUUUUUUACUUUUUAUGUCUCAUUACAAUGUUCAUCAUUCGUCCUAUAAUUGCCAGCAUCAUGGAUAUACGGGGACGAUCGCCAGUCUAUUCUGCACUUUAUUUUUUACCUUUAUUAAUAUUUAUACAUGCUCUGGCUGGCGGUCUCAUAUAUUUCUCAUUUCCAUAUUUAAGCAUAGUUAUAUCCAUGAUUGCCAAUGCAAUUCAUUACUCUGUCAAACUGGAUCAGUCAUUUAAAUCUUUAAUAAAGAGUUCUUUUGAAGUAAAGAACUUGGUCAUUAUAGCAUCGCACUGGAUGUUGUUAGCAUAUGGCAUUGUAUCUUUGGGACAUCACACAGCUCUUUUGGCACUUAUACCUUUUCCGUCAGUAUUUUACAUUCUAACUGUACGUUGUACUGAUCCAGCAGAAUUUCGUGAAGUUGAAAAUCGUUCAAGUUGAGAUUAUUGUGAAGUUAAGUUUAUAUUGUAGUUUAUAUAAUAAUUUUAUAGGUAUAUAGCUUUUUUACGUUAA